AUGGCUUUUUAUUCAUAUAAAGAUGCUAUCAGAGCUCUAAAUACACUUCAAACAAGCUCAAAUAUUCUUAAAAGAUCUAGAAAAACAAUAAAUAAUGAGUCAUUAUCACAGACAAUUGAAUGGUUAUAUAGAAUAAGAUAUAAGAUUAGUGACAUUGAGAAGUUAAAUGUCAUACAUAUUGCUGGAACUAAAGGGAAGGGAUCUACAUGUGCAUUUGUGUCAUCUAUAUUAGGAGAAAUUCGAUCUCGACAUGGAAAACCAUUAAAAACAGGGCUAUAUACAUCACCACAUUUGAUAUCAGUAAGGGAAAGAAUUAGGAUCAAUGGUAUUCCUAUUUCAGAGGAAUUAUUUGCAAAAUAUUUUUUUGAAAUUUGGAACUGUUUAGAAGAAACAGCUAUUUCCAAAGGAUUAGAUCCAAAGAUCAAACCGUCUUAUUUUGUUUAUUUGACACUUAUGUCAUGGCAUGUGUUUAUUUCAGAGAAAGUGGAUACUUUAAUUAUGGAAACAGGUAUUGGUGGAGAAUAUGAUUCUACGAAUAUUAUACAGCAUCCUACUGUAACAGGUAUUACUAGUUUAGGAAUUGAUCAUAUUUCAGUGUUGGGUGAUACCAUUGAAAGAAUUUCAUGGAAUAAAGCAGGAAUAUUUAAAGAAGGAGUACCAGCGUUAACUGUUCAACAGCCAAUUGAGGCUUUGAAUGUAUUAAAAAAAAGAGCUUUUGAGCGCAAGUCACCAUUUUUUGUUAUUAGUGUUAAUUCAGAUUUAAAGAAAAUCAAGCUAGGUUUAUCUGGAGAUUUUCAAUAUAUCAAUGCAUCACUUGCAUUUUCACUUGUUUCUCAUCAUUUAUUUUGUUUAAAUAUUUUGGAUGAAAAUGUUUCACCUAAAAUAUCUGAUAGUGUAAAAGCAGGCCUUGAAAAAGCAUCAUGGCCUGGAAGAUGUCAAUUGUACAAAGAAAACAAUAUAUCAUGGUAUUUAGAUGGUGCUCAUACACUUGAAAGUAUAAAAGAAGCUUCUAUUUGGUAUGCAAAUUCUGUAUUUUUGUCGAAUCAUUCUUCUAAAAAGUCUAUUUUGAUAUUUAAUCAACAAACUCGUGAUGCUAUAAUGUUAUUGGACUGUUUAUAUAAUCAAAUGGUGCAUAAGAAAAUGUCUAGGAAUCCUUUUGAUAUAGUAAUAUUUUCAACGAAUCUCACUUGGAAAGAUGGAACAUAUAGUCAAGAUUUAAUAAAUCUUAAUUAUUCAAUCGAAGAAUCUAAAAGUCUCAAAUUACAGUAUAAUUUAAAAAAUCAUUGGAUCAAAUUAGAUAAUAAUGCAUCGAUUAAUAUUGCAAAAAGUAUAGAGGAUUCUGUAGAUAUAGUUCGUUAUCAUGCCUCUUUCUCCGAUAUUAAUGUAUUUGUUACUGGUAGUUUGCAUCUAAUUGGGGGUAUUUUAACAGUUCUUAAUGUUCCUGUGUCUUGA